GAUAAGAGACUGUUUAAAUAGCAAGGCUCCUACUGAAGCAUUCGCAUAGACUGGCGCACAUUAGAGAUUGUUUCAUCAAGUAACUUUUUUGGGACCACUGCAAGUAUGAGGGCCGCCUGUGAAAUUCAGUUCAUGGUGUUCAUUUGCAUUCUAAUAUUCUGUGAAUCGCGUCCUUAUUCUAAAAUGGAAUUUGUGAUCUGGCAAACCUGGAAUAGCCUCCAUGUGACUCAUGACCCUGUUAAAAUCAAGUUUUCUCCUGGGGAUGGAGGGCUGAAGAUGGAAGUGUUGGCUCCUUUUUUCAACGACCCUGCAGCCCCUGCAGGGCCCCCUGGCCAGCCUUUCCCUGGACUCUGGGACUAUGAAGUGGUGGAGUCUUUUUUUUUGGAUAGUACUACUGAAAGAUACCUGGAGGUGGAGGUCUGUCCACAUGGACAGCACUUGGUCUUACUGCUCUCAGGGAGGGGCCACGCAUUCCAGCAACAACUGGCGCUGUCUUUCAAUGCCACAAUCAAAGGAGAAAAAUGGAUAGGUGAGGCUCUCCUGCCCUGGAAGUACUUCCCUCCCAAUGUCAACAAAAUGAAUUCCUACGCAAUCCAUGGCUCAGGGGAACGCCGCACCUACGAGGCCCUCUAUCCUGUCCCCAGAGAGGACCUAGUAGAGGGACAGAAACCCAACUUCCACCUCCUGGAAUAUUUCCAAGACUUCCGACUGCAAAGCAUCAUGGGAGAAGACUGGGUUCAGCCAGAGUCUGAUCUUUGGAAGGGAAAAUGCUGAGUGUGGCAAAAACUCUCCUACUCCCUCUCUUUCAAUCUCUUUCUCACACACUCUCAUGCACAUAUUCACCACACACAGACACCACAAGGCAUCAGGGUGACAGUGUGACCAAAGUCGUCGAUGGGGACCAAAGUGCAAUCGAUCUUUAUUAGUUGAUGAUGUCAAACAGCUUGACAUGAAAUAUGUUAUCAACUUGUCAGUGUAUAUUAAACGUCAUGCACAUGUGCACAAUGCGUGGUGCAAGGUACUGGAUGUCAGCUUUAAUUACCUUGACAAAGUGUUACCUAGAGCAGUUACUGUGGCUGGUUGGAGGGAGCACUGAUUUGGACAUUAAGCCCCUGUAUUUUCACUCCAUUUCAAUGAGAGAACCAAAGCCACUAAUGAAAAUUCUGCCCUGUAUGACACAAAUUUCUGCAGUGACAAUUUUGGUCGAGCAAAAGCUCUUGAGUCAGUGUUGUACUGUACUUAGAAUCUUUUGCAGUCAAUUCAGCACCCUUGUUGCUUAAUGAUCAUCAAUCAAGCUGUCAUUGAUAAGUGUUUAUAAUUACAGCCGGAGAUGGUGACUAAUUUAGUGUUACCUGAAGUUCAUUGUAUGAUAUUUCUUUUGUCACUGCUUGACAAAUAGCACUCUUCUUAAUCUACCUUGUAUCGAUACAUGCAUGUUAUCCUGACAUUUAUUUUCCAAAAACCUAAUCUAUCAGGGGACAAUAGAGAACAUAUACUGAAUAAAUUGAUUAC